GAAGAAAAGCCGAGAGCCUUUGGUCAAAGUGGCGCAACAAUGGUGUCCAUUAUAAAGAAUCAGCUGCUCAAGCAUCUCUCUCGUUACACGAAGAACUUAUCGCCGGAUAAGGUAAACCUGAGCGCGUUCCGAGGCGAAGGUGAGCUAUCGAACUUGCAGCUGGACGAAAAUGUGCUGACAGAGUUGCUGGAGCUGCCGGCCUGGUUACGGCUAACGUCCGCCUGGUGCAAUCAUGUUUCGUUUCGAAUAUCCUGGACCAAGCUGAAAAGCACACCGAUUAUGCUGACACUGGAUGAGGUGAACAUAACGAUAGAAACAUGCGAAAUAGCACGGAGCGGAACACCAACCGCUGGACUAUCCAGCCUCGCCGUACCUCAGGGGAAAUACAGCUUUAUACACAAAGUGAUCGACGGUAUCACGAUCGUGGUGAACACGGUGAACGUCAAUCUCAAAAGUCCCGCCUUUACCGCCUCGGUACAAAUGUCCCGUAUACGGGUAGAAUCCCGGACGCCCAAAUGGUUACUGGGCGAUCUGCGCGUAACAAGACUGAAGGAUCCAACCCGUGGCAUGAUACUGAUCUUCAAGGAACUAUCCUGGCAAACAGUUCGCAUCGAGGCUAGCAGCACUCAAGACCUAAGUCUCACACCGUUACGCCUUCUAACGAAUCAAGCUCGGUGUCGCAUCACGAUCAAGAAGCGAUUGACAGACUGUAGCAUUGUUGCAAGCCGCUUGGUACUGAUUCUAGACGAUUUGCUGUGGGUGCUGACAGAUUCUCAGCUAAAAGCGGCACUACAUUUCGUUGACUCGCUAACCGGUCUAAUUAAAGCAUCGAAAAUGGUGGACUACGGAAAAGAGUUCAUGCUGUACCUGAUGAGCGAGAAAUGUUACGAUAACUACUUCGUAGAGUUUGACCUGCUCGAUGGUGACUGUUUCCGUGCACUGCUCAGCAAAGGCUUGGGACUGGGUAUUAUUGCCGGUUCGGUGUUGGUAAAGGUGCCUCAAAUAACUAAGAUUCUUGGCAACAGAUCGGCCCGCGGCAUCAGUCUGUUUAGCGUGUGUCUCGAUCUAUUUGCGAUCACGAUCCAUAUGGCGUACAGCUUUGUGAAUGGGUUCCCGUUUAGUGCCUGGGGUGAUACGGCUUUUCUGGCCCUGCAGACGGCCAUCAUCGCUAUGAUGGUGCUGUUCUUCGGUGGAUCUACCGUGCUGUCGGCGGUGUUUACCUUCGCCUACUCCGCGUUGGUGUACGUGCUGAUGGGAGGUUUGACACCGCUCAACUAUCUGCUGAUCGCGCAGGGCUUUAACGUGCCGAUACUGCUGCUCGGAAAGUUGUCCCAAGCGUUCACCAACUAUCGCAACGGUAGCACCGGUCAGCUAUCGGCGGUAACGUGCUUUAUGCUGCUGGCCGGAUCGAUGGCACGCAUCUUCACGUCAAUUCAGGAAACGGGCGAUCAGAUGAUGAUCAUCACGUACGGUUCAUCGACCUUUGCCAAUCUGGUGAUUGCGCUGCAGGUGCUGUACUACUGGAAUGCGGACAAGCAGAAGAAGGCUGCGCCGGCGGGAGCGGCCGCAGUAAAGAAACCAAAGGCUAAGAGCAAGAAAACCGACUAGA